AUGGAACUUAGACUGGUGGUGUCACAAAACCAGCGCGCCCUCCACAUUGUGUUCCCGCACCACUUCUUAGAUUCGCCUGAGUGGUUCGGCGUCUCUACCGACGAGUAUUUUCAGGUGUCAAUUAUGGCGAUGGAGGAGUCCCGCGUGCUGGUGUGGCAUCGGGACAAACUGAAGCUGUCCAUCAUGUCUGACGGCUUCUUGCAGGCAGUGUUCGAUCAUAUACUAGGCCGGGACGUCGUUCACAAGCUUAUGCAGGUGAGCGAAACGAUGGCGGUGAGCAACGGUCACCUGCCGAACAGUUACGAGGAGGGCGAGGACAAGCCCAUGCUGGUGGUGAAGAAGGCCGGAGAUGGACCUGGCAUCACCGCGCUGCUUAACAGACAGUUACAGGGCGAACACGCCCCGCUGCUGCUCGCCGCGCCCGCCACGCACCAAUGCUGA